AUGAGUGAUUCAUGCCGCUGGCUGCCCACCUCUUUCGAGCUCAAGUCAAGCAAAGGGCCUCUCCGCCGCUUGUCAAAAUGGGACGUUUUGCGUUCUUUUGAUCUGUCGGCGGCAACGGAUUGUUUUCCGCUAGGCGGUCUUGAGUUCGCGAAGAAAUUCCGAAUUCACGGUCGUGAGCUAUCCCCGAUUAGUGUCAAAAUGAUACGAUCGGCGAGGCAUGCGAUUGCAUGGAUGCCGGUGUUUCGAAAUCUUAGACUGACGUCUCUGCAGCUCUCUAUGAGAGUUCGUGAAGCUGGUUUUCGUAGAUAUUCUGCAAAACCAGAGCACGUGAGUCCUCAUUAUAAUAGACACUGGUAUCGCCACAUCCUUGUGGCGUUCUCUCCCGGUGGUAUCUUACCACUCCCAUUUCAGGUUUGGUUAGGGUUCCCAGAUGGAAUAUUAAUCACUUGUUAUCAUAUGGGUAUGGUGCGAGACAUGCUUGUGUCUUCGUGUUCUCCGGAUUGGGGUCAUGUGGAGCGCUUUGCCACUGAUCUCGAUUUGAAGCUCGAUGAGGACCCUUACCUUUAUGUUAGGGGGGCUUGCUGA